UGGGUGAGUGGCUGGGUGAGUGAGUGGCUGGGUGAGUGGCUGGGUGAGUGGCUGGGUGAGUGAGUGAGUGGCUGGGUGAGUGUCUGGGCGGGUGAGUGGCUGGGUGAGUGAGUGUCUGGGCGGGUGAGUGGCUGGGUGAGUGAGUGAGUGGCUGGGUGAGUGGCUGGGUGGGACGGGGCCAAGAAACUUUUCCGCCCCCCCCCGGGAUGCGACGAGACGGCCGGGGGGGUUUGAGAUGCAGGAUUGGGACGAGGCGAUGAUGAUGAGUGCGUGAGACGAUGAUGAUGAUGAGUGAGAUGAUGAUGAUGAGUGCGUGAGACGAUGAUGAUGAUGAUGAGUGCGUGAGAUGAUGAUGAUGAGUGCGUGAGACGAGGCAAUGAUGAUGAGUGCGUGAGACGAGGCGAUGAUGAUGAGUGCGUGAGACGAGGCGAUGAUGAUGAUGAGUGCGUGAGACGAUGAUGAUGAGUGCGUGAGACGAUGAUGAUGAGUGCGUGAGACGAGGCGAUGACGCGCGCGUGGGGCCGCUUGGGGUCUACGCCGCCACCACCGCUCCUCCUGCUGCUGCUGCUGCUCGAGACGACGAUGGCGGUGACCGUGGUGGUGGCGGCAGCGAUGUCCACGCGAGACCAGACAGCAGCCUCAGUGCCGGCCCGCGCAUCUCGCUGCGCGGGCCGCGCGUGCAACCCGCCGCUGGGCAACCUGGCGCAGGGCCGCAGCCUCUCCACCCUCACGCAGUGCGGCCUCAACGGCUCCGAGCCGGCCUGCGUGGCGGCGGGCGGCUCGCCGGAGGAGCGCCACUCUGGUCACCGGCGCCGCCACCGCCGCGGCCGCGAGACUGACAUGGAGACCGAGGGGGGGGCGGCCGCGUGCCGUCGCGGGCCGUGCCGCGCGGUGUGCGACUCGCGGGCGGGCGGGGGUGCCGCGCGGAGCCCCUCGGCCAUGGCCGACUCGCCGUUCGCCCGCCCGCGCUCCUGGUGGCAGUCGGCGGGCGGCGCGCGGGCCGACGAGGUGCGGCUGGACCUGGGCGGGGAGUUCCUCUUCACCCACAUGGUCGCCAUAUUCCGCUCGAGCCGCCCGGCUGCCAUGCUGCUGGAGCGGUCGCGCGACGGCGGCGUCAGCUGGACGCCGCUCCAGUUCUUCGCGGCCGACUGCCGCGCCGAGUUCGCGCUCGCCGACGACGCCGACGAGCCGGGCGCCGUGUGCACGUCGCGCUACUCGCAGGCGCGGCCGUGCACCGGCGGAGAGGUGAUCUUUCGAGCCGUGACCCCGUCGCGACCCCUGGAUGACCCGUUCGGCGCCGCUGCCCGCCAGCGCCUCGGCGUCACCAACCUGCGGCUGCGCCUGCUCAGGCGGCAGGAGUGCCGGCGCUGCCCGGCGCCAGCGCCGCCGUCCGGCGCCGCCUCCAGCGCCGUGGGUGGCGGCGAGGGCGCGGACUCGAGCCCCGGUCACUUUGCCGUCUACGACCUGAUCCUGCGCGGGAGCUGCCUGUGCCACGGCCACGCGGAGCGCUGCGAGCCGGCACCCGGCGCCUCCAGCAGCAGCAGCAGCAGCCUCGUCUCCGUGCACGGCCGCUGCGUGUGUCACCACCACACGGAGGGGCAGCACUGCGAGCGCUGCCGCCCCAUCUACAACGACCGGCCCUGGCAGCCCGGCAAUGGCAAGACCGGGGAGCCCAACGAGUGCCAGAAGUGCCACUGUAACGGCCAUGCGGACAGCUGCCACCUGGACCGCGCGCUGUGGGAGGCAUCGGGGAACCGCAGCGGCGGCGUGUGCGACGGCUGCCGCCACCACACCGAGGGGCGGCACUGCCACCGCUGCAAGCCGGGCUUCUACCGGCACCCGGCGGAGAGCGGCAACUCCCCGCGCACGUGCCGAGCCUGCGAGUGCCACCCGUUGGGCGCGCUCACGAACCAGCGGCAGGCGAGCUGCGACCCCGGCACGGGGUACUGCUUCUGCAAGCCCGGCGUGGGGGGGCGGCACUGCGACCGGUGCAUGAUGGGAUACUGGGGCUUCGGCGAGGGCGGCUGCAUCCCGUGCCACUGUGCGGGCUCCUGCGAUCCGCACACGGGCACCUGCACCGAGGGGUUCGACGCGGAGCCCCGCCACGAGGUGCCCGUUGGCGGGCGCAUCCCUGACCUCAUCCCCUCCUCGCCCAAUCGGCACGCGGCCAAGGCGGGCUGGGAGGACGAGCAGCAGGGCUUCUCGGCCGCACGAGACCCGGGGAAGUGCCUGUGUAAGGACAGGACCAUAGCGAGCGUGGAGGAGUUCUGUGCGAUGAAAUACACGUACGUGCUGAAGGCGCGCGUGCUCUCGGCGCACGACCGCGGCUCGCACGCCGAGGUGAACGUCAAGGUGGACAAGGUGCUGCGGGGCGCGCGCCGGCGCGGCGACUCCUCGGGCGGCACGCUCUACCCCGAGUCGUGGACCCACCGCGGGUGCACCUGUCCCGUGCUCAACCCGGGCAUGGACUAUUUAAUCGCCGGCCAGGAGGACUUGAAAACCAAGCGGCUGGUCGUCGACCUCAACAGCUACGUCAAGCCGUGGAAGAGCAGCGUGGCCAAGGAGGUGAUGGCCUUCCUGAGGGCCGGCUGCCCCAAGGCCUAAGCGCGACCGUGCCGCCCUUGCCGAGGGAUUCGGCGUCGACGCCUCCACGGAAUCCUGCCCUCGGAACGUUCCCGAGACCGUGCGGGCCGCGGGUUCCGCCCGGCGCCGAGGCAACACGCGGUGCCGGGCGGACGUGGGAGUGGGGAGCGCCGAGCCGUGGGGGAGUUGCGACCCGAGCUAGCGGCUCGUUCGGGGCUCGUGAGUCGCUCGUUAGCGGCUCGCCAGCGUCGGUGGGGGGGGGGGGGGGGGGGCGUGUGGUGGCCCGCGUCCCCGCGUGCGCUCGCCGCUCCAAGCCCUCGCCGCCGCCGCCGCCGCCUCCCCUCGGCCUUAACUCCAGAGCGCGAAAAGACGGUGGAGAAGACUGCCUGCUUCCCCCCAACCGCCACGGGAACGUGGAAUUACCACCACGGUUGGGUCGGAGCCGCCGAUGGAGAAAUAGCGCCGUCCUGCGAGACAUUUGACCUUGACUUCUCGGCAGAGGCAGUCUCGCUGGACAUCCACGAGGUUCACCUCGGGGGUUACAGCGUCUCGCCUCGCGUCCCGGCGGCGGGAGGCCCGGGGGGGGGGGGGGGGGGGGGGGGGGUCACUGCUCGUUCGGUUUGGGACGCCGGGAAGCGGCUGGCCGGGGAGACGGUGAGAGAUCGCCAGCCCGGGGCCUCUCGCUCGGGGUGUGAGUUCUACCUGAACUGUUGGGACGUCGGUGGAAUCUCCGGGCGGUGACGCUUUGGCGAGGAUCGCCGAAGGAAGCUCGCGCCUGCGAAGAGUUGGAGUUGGAGUUGGAGGAGGAAGAGCGGCCCGUGCCGUGGUGGGAGCGCUGGAACGGUUCUCGAUGCACUUUGCCCCGCCGUGCCGGUCUCCCGAAGGCCACGAAAAGGGGAGCGGUCGAUGCUCGUGAACACGAAGGAAGCGUCGCAGCGAUUUCCUCCGCUACUCCUGCAGCGGCGGCGGUGGCCGCUGCUGCUGCUGGGUUCGAGCCGUUGUCCGCCCGUGAUUCCUGCUGUCCAGGGUGACAAUCCUCGACACGGAUUGUCUUGUCAGCACUCCCCCACCCCCCCCCCCCCCCUGUGAACAUUGCCCUCAUGCCAGCACGGCCCACUGUAGCCCCUGGCUGCCUGCUGAUGGAUCUCAGCCCGCUAUGUCCACCAGCGCCCGUGGCUGCCCGCUUGGGAGAACGCCAGGAAAGUUAAAUAGAAACCCCACGAAGCCGAGACUUGAGCCCAAGUAGCUGUGCAAGGAACGGCAGUGAGGGAGGAGGUGAGAGGCAGGGGCAGGUGGAGGAGAGAGACACGGGGAGGUGGAGGAGAGAGACACGGGGAGGUGG